CACCCCGGGGCGACAGAAAGCUUCAUGUCCCGGCAGGUCUCAGAUAUUUGAACCCUCUGCUGCACAGAACAUGAGGAACGCAGACUACAGUGAACGUCACAUGAAACCAGACCGUAGCAUCGCAGACUGUAAGGUUUUUAUUUCAAUUGUUCGCCCACACAUUUCAAAGUCAGGUUGUCGGUCCGGUCUCGUGGUACUCACAUACCAGUCUUCUUCUGUCCUUUAAUUGUAGUCCUGUAGCGAGACUCGGGAGUGGCUUUCGGUGACCUGAGGGUGCGCCCUGAGCGGCUCACAAACACACACACCGACACACACACACACACCGACACACACACACACACACACACACACACACACACACACACACACAUCGGCUGCGCAAUGAUCGAGGCUGCGCGCAUAGGUGGAUGUGGGACAAUGGGUGUGUAGCGACAGAGGAGACAAAACAACAAAACAAACAGUCUCUCCUGGACUACUUUUAUUCUAUCUGUAAGAAAUAAAAUGACUAAGCGAGUCAGACCCGGAUAUUACCGCCAAGAAGUGAACAAAACGUCAUGGGAAGUACCGGAGCGGUACCGGGAGCUGAAGCAGGUGGGGACCGGAGCGUACGGGACGGUGUGCUCAGCAGUCGACGUCAGAUCAGGAAGCAAAGUGGCCAUCAAGAAGCUGUACAGACCUUUCCAGUCGGAGCUGUUUGCCAAGCGAGCGUUCAGAGAGCUGAAGCUGCUAAAACAUAUGAAACAUGAGAAUGUGAUCGGCCUGUUGGACGUGUUUACCGCUGACCUCUCUGUCGACAUGUUCAAUGACUUUUACCUGGUGAUGCCGUUCAUGGGGACGGAUCUGGGGAAGUUGAUGAGGCUGCAGCGGCUGUCGGAGGAAAAGAUUCAGUAUUUGGUUUAUCAGACGCUCAAAGGCCUGAAGUAUAUUCAUUCUGCCGGGAUAAUCCACAGGGACCUCAAACCAGGAAACCUCGCUGUCAAUCAAGACUGUGAGCUCAAGAUCUUGGACUUUGGUUUGGCGCGGCAGGCGGACAGCGAGAUGACGGGCUAUGUGGUGACUCGCUGGUACAGAGCCCCGGAGGUCAUCCUGAGCUGGAUGCACUACACUCAGACCGUGGAUAUCUGGUCAGUGGGCUGCAUCAUGGCUGAGAUGCUGCAAGGAAAACCUCUUUUUAAAGGCAGCGACCAUCUAGAUCAACUCUCUGAGAUCAUGAAGAUCACAGGAACACCGACGCAGGAAUUUAUAUCCAAACUAGAAUCUGAGGACGCGAAAAGCUACCUCAAAAGUCUUUCAAAAGAGGAAAAGAAAGACCUCCACAAGGUGUUUUCCUCGACUAACCCACAAGCCGUGUCUGUGCUGGAGCGCAUGUUACUGCUGGAUCCGGAGCAGAGGGUGACGGCUGCAGAGGCGCUCUCGCUGCCGUACUUCAAAGAGUUCAGAGAACCAGAGGAGGAGACGGAGGCUCAGCCGUACGACCACUCGAUAGACAACACUGACAUGCAGCUGAAUUUGUGGAAACGUCACACCUUCACAGAGAUCCUGACCUUCAAACCCGUAAUGCCUGAAUCAAAAGAAACCUCGCUGUGAGACAUGAGGAGAGCACAGCACCAGAACAUGUCUUUGUCAUAACAUGUCAUUCCUAACAGGGCUCAAACUCUUUGAUCACCAGUCUUAAUAAAGCCAACAGAUCCAGUUUACAAUUCUCUAAAA